UCAAACCCUAAACUUGGUUCAAUAGCAGUGACAGUGCGGUAGUGGUUUGAGAACAGAACAGUUUUACGGCUUCGAUUAAGAUCAUCUAGGAAACUAUUGCUUCUAUUUUAGACAUUGUUCACAUCGACCCAUAGAAGCAACUUAAUUGUUUUUAAUAAAUGCAUUUAAAAAGUAUUUUCCUUGAUCAUCUGAUACAAAACAGUUAGCCUAGGUCGGAGAAUAGCAGUGCAACAGUUCGAACCGUGCGUAAUUCUCUGCUUCUUUUUCCAAUCCAAUCUCCAAACAGCAAUAAUUCUUCCGAAGGAAAACCUUAAACUCGGAAACCAUCAAAGGAAGACCUAAACUGCAGGUGGCUCGCGGAAAAGAUGACGGCAAUGAGAUUGAUUUCCUGGCUUUUGCUGCUGGUGUUUAUGCAGUCCGGAGUUUUUGCCGCAAGAAGAUUCCGAGGUGGUCGCAACCCGCAACCACGACGGACACCGCCUUCUCCCACAUACCGGGACCGGGGUGACACCACGGAGAGUUUCCCUUUGGAUUUCACCGCCGUCGAAGAGAACAUGGACAACUUCAUGACGCAGGUGAAGAACCUGGCGCAGUCCCUCUACCCGUGUUCGGCGCAGAAGCUCGACUAUGAUAUGAAGCUGCACUUUUUGGAAAAUACUUCAGUCACGUGCAACGAUGGAACUCCAGCAGGGUACUACAUGAAAGAGUCCAGAGGGAGCAGACGGUGGUUGAUAUUCUUGGAGGGCGGCUGGUACUGCUUCAACAAAGAGAACUGUGACAGCCGAUAUGACACCAUGAGGAGACUGAUGAGCUCGUCCAAGUGGCCUCAAACCAAAACAGGCACAGGGAUCCUGUCUCCACUCCCAGAGGAAAACCCUCACUGGUGGAAUGCCAACAUGGUGUUCAUCCCCUACUGCUCUAGUGAUGUGUGGAGUGGUGCCUCAGCCAAGACGGACCACAGUGGCUACGCCUUCAUGGGGUCUCUGAUCAUUCAGGAGGUGGUGAAGGAUCUGCUGAACAAGGGGCUUGACAACGCCAAGGUUCUACUACUGGCUGGCAGCAGUGCGGGGGGGACGGGGGUCCUGCUGAACGUGGACCCUGUAGCUGAGCUGCUGGAGGGGCUGGGGCACCCUGGGAUCCAGGUGAGAGGUCUGGCUGACUCGGGCUGGUUCCUGGACAACAAGCAGUACCGAUCUACUGACUGUCACGACACCAUCAGCUGUGCCCCCACGGAGGCCAUCAAGAGAGGCAUCAAGUACUGGGGCAGCGUUGUGCCAGAGAGGUGUAGACAGGUUCACCUGGGGGAGGAGUGGAACUGUUUCUUUGGCUACAGAGUGUUCCCCUCCAUAAAGAGCCCAGUGUUUGUGGUCCAGUGGUUGUUCGACGAGGCCCAGCUGACCGUGGACAACAUCCAUCUGACCGGUCAGCCCGUCCAGGAGGGGCAGUGGCGGUACAUCCAGAACCUAGGCAUCGAGCUGAGGAACACGCUCAAAGAUGUCCCGGCCAUGUUUGCUCCAGCUUGCCUCUCACAUGAAGUCAUCACAAGGAAUUACUGGAUCGACGUUCAGGUCAAAGGCACCUCCCUUCCCCGAGCCCUGCACUGCUGGGACCGCAGUCUCCAAGACAACAGCCGGAACAACAAGGCCCCGCCCAAGGGCUGCCCCGUCCAUUUGAUUGACAGCUGCCCCUGGCCACACUGCAACCCCACCUGCCCCACCAUCCGGGACCAGUUCACGGGCCAGGAGAUGAACGUGAUCCAGUUCCUCAUGCACAUGGGCUUUGACGUGCAGAAGAUGGCCCAGCAGCAGGGCAUGGACCCCAGCAAGCUACUGGGGAUGCUGAGCAGUGGGAGCUAAAGAGACAGGAGUAAAGUCUUAGUACAGUAGACUAAACCAGGGGGCUAUGGGGCCAAAUCCUAACUUCGAGAUCCCAGAUUUUUUUACAUUUUUUUUAAAUACUUGUUUUAAUCUCCCGUUGACAUCAAUGUUUGAUUUAAAGGGAUAGUUCACUUUUUUUUGGGGGGGG